AGUGGUGUUGGAAUGCCUCACUUGGGGAGCUCAGAAAAGGCGAAAGACCCAAGACCCUUGCAUGAUAAAGGUUACAUCCAGAGCUGUAUAAAACAGCUAAAUGAGUUUCUUGGAGAGCAUGGCUUUGCAGUGGCUCCUAAGAGUCUUCAGUGUCCAUCAAACAAAGACUUUCUGCGAAUAUUUUCUUUUAUAUGCAGCUUCCUGAUUCCAGAUGUUGAGGUACUGGACUCCAAGUUUGAUGAAGAAGUUCCCCGAAUCUUUAAAGAUCUUGGAUAUCCUUUUCCAUUCUCAAAAAGCUCAAUGUACACUGUUGGAGCACCUCAUACUUGGCCACAGAUGGUGGUAGCCUUGGUAUGGUUGGUUGAUUGCAUUAACGUAUAUCAUAUUGCUAAUGACGAUGAGUCUGUAGCAUUUUCAGAUGAAAUGGAUAGUGAGGAAACAGAAGAUGGAAUUGUGUUCAAUAAGCUGUUUCUGUCAUACACAUCAGAGUGUUACAAUCAUUUCAUGGCUGGCGAUGACAGUUUUGAAGAACUGGAUGCAGAGCUGUUGCCAAAACUGAAGUUGCUAUUUAAUGUGAAUGAAACGCAGCUGGAAUCAUUAGCAGCAGAACAGCAGAACCUGGCAAAGGAAGUUGAGCGACUUGAGAGGGAAAAAGAAAAUGAGCCAGAUCGUGUGAUGGCGCUAAAGAAAUCUUUGGCUUCCAUUCAACAAGAUUAUGAGAAGUAUGGGAUUUACCUUGCAGAAGUGGAAUCUCGUAUUAAUCAUGUGGAACAGCGAGUAAGUUCUACUCAAGAAGAAUUGGAGGCAGCAAUACUGGAGAGGGAUGCUGCCAAGCAGGAAAGUGCCAGACUGCUGCAGAUAUUUGAAAAGCAGAAGUUUUCUGUUGCUGAUAUCAAAAGAAUUUACCAUGAGAGACGAGAGUUACAGCAAACUGUGAACAGCAUGACUGAGAAACUUGAGGAAGCAGAGCGGCACAAGUGGAAUGAGGAGAUUAAGUUUGCUAAGAUUAAAGAGCUGAUUGAAACAGACUGUAUGGAAUUUCAUAAGAUGGCACGUAAACUGAAGCUUAUGCCACGUACGGCUGAAAAUGCUGGUGGACUUGACUUUGAAGUAAGACUUUAUCCUGAGACGGGGCUUCCAUCUUUGCUGCAUUACAGAAGUAUGAUCAGUCCACACUUGGAUUUGCUAAUGAGUCAAGUAGAAGACGAAAUCACGAAAGCCAGCAACCUGAAAGUGGGGGAUGAAGAACUUCUAGAUCAGCUUAAAAUUUGUGUGGCAGACAAAGAUCGUGAUUUGAAACGACUUACAGAAGAAAUCAGAAAACAAGACGAAGUGAUGAAACAAAUUUUUGAGGAAACCGAACAAGAAGAGAAAGAACUGGAAAGUAAACUUCGUACGCUGGAAAAUAAGAACACAUUGCUUCAGACUGAAAUAAAUAAGGAAUAUACAGAAGCUACUAAAGAACAUCAGGCGAUAGAACAGCAGUUUCAGCAGGAGCUGUCCAGAACAACAAAAGAACUUAAGGGGAUGCUUAAUAAACUAAGCCAAUCUGUAGAUAUGGCAUCAACAAGUAUGUCACAGACAGAGAGAUAUUUAGAGGAACAAUGUGCAAAGAUCAGUAAAGCAUAUGAAGAGCUGACUAAAGACGAUCCCUUUGGUCUGAAGGAAAUUGUCAGUUGUUUUCAGCAAGAGCUAAGCACAGACCCUCAGAAUUCAGAUGUGUAAAUUCGCCUUUUAUUUACUUGUGUAAAUAAUGUCAUCUGACCCAACUUGAAAGCUUGUUACAGUGGAGUAACUGUUUGGAAUUUUCUCAUCUUGUAGUUCCACCUAGUGAAAGUUCUGAAAUUUUUUUUGGAUCCCAUACUUGGAGAUCUAUUCUACUCCUGAUGGUGGCCUUCUGACAUCACAUGAUAGCACAGAAGGGUGUUUUAUUUUAUCUUCUGCAUAGCUUGUAUCUCAGUCCUUGUGUAAAAUGUCUGUGUUUAAUGCCAGGAUCACAUCACUGUUCAGAACUGGCAUCAGGGUCCUUUUUUAAGGGUUGAAAGUUUGAGAGAGAAUCACACAGACAUGCACAAAAUGUCAGUCAACCAUUGUUAAAAGUGCUAAUGUAUUAUUACAGACAUCUGUAAGAAAAGUAUGAGAAUUUCAAGGCCUUCAUCAUGACCAAUAAGAUGAUAGCCAGCACAAGGACAUUUGUUUUCAUAGUCCCAGGAUAAUGUUAGGUGGAAUUAGGUAAGGGAUCAGGAGGCCAUGUAUCGGCCAAAGCUUUGCCUUUCAGUAUGUCCAUGAGAUGGCUUCCAUCUCUUUAUGACUAGCAAGAAAUCAAGCUCAUGCUUGUCGUGUUCAUCUGACGAGAAGGACAACAGCACCCAUGUCCCAUAUCAGCUCAUGCUGGUCAUCAGCAGAUCUUAGUAGGAAGGAUGAUUCCCUUCCUCCAUAUCCUCCUAAGGUACAGCAGCUUUCAGAACUUGACAUUUCUUGGAUACCUUAUGCAGAGCAAACCCUUGGGUCCCUUGCAACAGACUUUUGUUGAACUCAGAAUUUGUAAGGAUACAGUUGUGAUCACCCUACAGGUUACAUAAUGCUUAGUGGCUAGGGCUGAGAAGGCUACUGAGGACUAUGACAUUAUGUUGGCUGUGAAUAAGUUAUUAGUUAUUCAGUGAGAUCUCUGUGAAUCAUGGACUACACUCUUAAAAUGCACUGGUUAUCACCAUUGUUACAUUUCCCGCUGGCCUCUUGUAGUUGGAUGUUGAUUGCUGCAUGCACAGCCCGAAGUGUUUAGGCACUCCUGCUGGCAUUCAACACCCAACUGGCAUUUGUUGUUGACCUUGGGUUGCCCCUGCUGGAGGUAAAUGUAGAAGAUUAUUUCCCUCCUCUCCAGUUGCUUCUUGGAAAAGGAUUCCCUCUUUCUUGUGUCAGAGGCAGAAUAGGCUUGUAUAGGCCCUAGGGCUGAUAGCCUAGUACCAACCUAUGAACCUAUAAAAGAUAUUGAGAUUCUCACUCCCCAUAGCUCCGCUGAAUACUCCAUCCCUUAGAAGGACUGUCAGACCCAUGUUGUCAGCUAUAGACUCUUCUGUUGCCCCUUUGCCUUCAUUCCAGAAACAUUUGAAUCAUUACCUGGGGAAAGAGGAUAGGAAGCUCAGUGUCCUUCCAUGGAACCCAUCCUCAAGGAUGCUAUUCUACAGCGUGGCAUUAUCUAGAUUCAGUUCUCUCUUUUCCUAAGAAGGCAGAUAUCCUUUGUAGUCUACCACCGCAGUUGAGUGACAGCUUAACUGAGCAUCACAAGACAAGACCCCACUGUGAUGUUUUCAGUCUGUUACAAGUCCAGUAGUUCUAGUAGAUGCCAGCACCUUUCAGGCUUUCGAAAGGGUGGAUGAAUGGCUGUUCUCUGAUGUUUUUAAGGUCAAUGCAGAGCACUAAGAGUAGAGGUUUGCCUAAACUCCGUAUAGCUUUAAUCAAUCGACCAGACAUCUUUUAUGCUGUAUGACAGGUUGGCAUAAAAUUAAUUACAUAUUCCUCUAUGUAAUGAAGAGAUGGUGGUUUUGCCUGGGGCAUUGCUCUUGCCAGCUUCUCAAACUCAGUGGAAAAUAAACAUGCUCUUGGAGUCUUUCCUGGAGUUGAGAACACUAGAAACAUUUUUGGACAGGUCACCUAAGAGUGCAGCAUCCUGCUGACUUCAUGGUUAGCACACACGAGAACAUGGUCUUCACUCACUCCUGUUUUACCAAGCAGGGCAGGAAGAGAUGUCUCCCCUCAGUGGCAAAGGGCAGGAAGAGAUGUCUCCCCUUAGUGGCAAAGAGGAGUCCUAUUUAUAGCAGUCUAUUUUUUUAGCUGAUUCCCAGUCCUUCUAUCAAAAUUCUGAGAAGAAUUGGAACUCAUCCUACGAUGACAGAAAAAACAGUGUAGUUUUAGGCUUAUAGGUCCCUGGCAUUACAGGAAAGUAGAUCAGUACAAAAUAAAGAAGUCCCUUUUAUCUGGCGCUGUGACCAGCUUCAACUCAGAGCUUGGCUAUUCCUUUAAAUAUUUUGCUACCACUACACUUUCUGCAGGAACCAAAAACCUGCCACCCAUGUUAUAACAUAUCAGCAUUAUCCCUGUUAUGCAGCUGGAAGGCUGCAUAUAUGGGUUGAAGGUGUGCAUAAGGUGGAAUCUCUCACCAUUCUCCUAUUGUAAAAUGAGAAUGCCCAACUUGACAUCACCGUUCAUACUCAUUGCACCUCCCUGGUUAUGCAUUACUCUGCUCUACUCCCCUAGUACCCACUGGGAGUCGCUGGAAGAACAGUUAUCCCAACCCUUCCACAGGGAAUGAAAGCUGAUUCUCCAUUGUUUAGUGGAAUAGUAUUUAAGUCACAGAACACGGAAAAGUAUUUUGUUGAAAACUCGCUUACUCAAAAUGGUCAUUUCUGGAAUUUCAGAAUUGUGCCAAGAUGGGAUUUUUCUUCUUCUGAUAUUCCUAACAGUUACCUGCUGCAGAGGGCCUUCUAUCAGAUUAGGCGAUAUGCUGAACACAGGUUUAUUGUUUCUGUUUUCCUUUCUAUGUUUUUUCUAGACUUUGCUUUCAAAAUAAUGCAUUGUAAUUGUUUCCUGCUCUGCUGUUUAAGCAUAUUAAGUUAAUUAUAAACCAUUUUAAAACUUAGAGCAUAAUGUUUACUUAUGUAAGUUUAUUAGAAUACAUUGUGUUCAUGUAGGUAAUGUAUCAUUUUAUGUAACCUCCAUGUUUCCUUAAUUGCUUGUUGUAGUUAAAUAAAUGUAGAUGGCAAAUAAAGAUAGUGUUUUCAGGUA